AUCAUAGGACAGAGGUGACGUCGAAGACCUGGGAGACAGGACCGUAUGAUUUUUGUCCUCCCCCAACUAACCAGGGGAAAAGCAAAAGCAGGAUCUAUUGGCUUUUGUACGAGUUUCACAGAGUGCAACAGAGUUGGAUUAUGGCAUUGAUGAAAAGCGGCUGGCUGCUCCGGCAAAGUACUAUAUUACGGCGCUGGAAGAAGAAUUGGUUUGAUCUGUGGUCUCAGGGUCACUUGCUGUUUUAUGAUGAUAAUCAUCGGCAGGAUCUUGAAGACAGAAUCCACAUGAAAAUUGACUGCAUCAAUGUCAGAGUAGGGAAUGAAUGCCGAGGGUUGCAGCCUCCUGAGGGCAAGCCUAGAGAUUGCUUGCUGCAGAUUGUUUGCCGUGAUGGGAAGGUGCUCAGCCUCUGUGCGGAAAGUGCUGAUGACUGCUUGGCUUGGAAAAUUGCUCUCCAAGAUUCCAGGACAAGUGGGACCUAUAUUGGUUCUGACAUGACGUAUGAUGAUGCUACAAUCUCUUCAGCUCCCCCUCCAUACACAGCUUAUGCCACACCAUCACCUGAGGUUUACAGCUAUCCCCAAUACAGUGGUGCAUAUCCACCUCCAGGGACUCAAGUCAUCUUUACUUCCAAUGGACAGACAUAUGCUGUCCCUUACCAAGGUCCUUAUCGCCAGCCUCCUACAAACCAUGUCAUCGUUCGAGAACGGUACCGAGAUAGUGAUGGAGACCUUGCCCUGGGCAUGCUUGCUGGAGCAGCAACGGGAAUGGCCUUGGGCUCAUUGUUCUGGGUAUUCUAGGUUUCCUCUGGAGCCAUAAAGUGAGGAAGAUCCAAAACCUUUUAUUUAUUCUGUGUGCAAUAAUUAUAUAUAUUUUCAAAGUACUCCUGUUUAAUCUACAGAAUUUUAAUAAGUUCUAGUAAUACUUUUGCUAGUGACUCACUGGAACUGUAGUUAACAAAGUCCUAACUGCCCCAAAGUCAUAUUUUAGUUGAAAUGCUGUUCGUGCAACAGCUCAUGGUCAGAUGAGUUUGUGAUUCUAUACGUUGAUUAAUAAAUAGUGGUAAUAUCAACGAAGGAUUACUAAUGAAGGAUAAAUGGCAACACUCGACUGAUUUUUUUAGUGCAGAAUUAACCACCUUGUUAAGAUCAUGUUGGCUGCAGGCUUGGAAUACUAACUGCAAAAUAGGGCAGAAUGAUAACAGGAAGGUGUGCUGCACUUUGGACUCCAGGUUAUUUGAAUCAGAUACAGUUUUACCGUUUCUUGAGUAGAGAUGGUGAUUCAGUAGACACUCCAUGGGAUUUGUUUGAUCUUUUUAAAAGCUCAUACAUUUCUGUAGCUGGUUGGGUUGGCAAAAAUUGCAUACUCCACAGCAUAUAUUGCUUUACUGUGCAAACUCUCCCCACAGGCUAAACAAUAAAGUUUGCUUCUUACUGCUUCUGCAAAAAUAAUAGCAGCCUUGCUUGGAAAAGGAAGGAAGAUUUGUUACAAUGUAAAUAAUUUGUUUACUAGAAAUUGAAGCUCAGUUUAGUUAUUUGUGUAUCGAUGUCUGAGCCCCAUAUCAGGUGGGAUUCUUCUGACUGUGGGCUUAUUUGCUAGGAUAGUAGCAUCUACUACUGGCUUGUUUCUUUCUUGAUGUGAAAGUCCUUCCCAGUCUUAAAUAAGUACAUAAUGGAAGCUCUUUCAUCAUACUGGGCUUCAAAGUGUCCAAAGCAUUUUUUAAACACUGGUAGUAGGUGUUUUGGAGACCUUUACUUGUAGAGUGGGAGUUUACACAAAGUGACUCCCCACAUCUCAUCUGCAGUUGCAAAACAAGACCAUUUUUUGUUUUUCUGGUGCAGCGCAACAAGAUCUGUUCUUGGUCAUUAAGAUGCUGUACUGGUAAUGUCUGUUCUUGCAUACUCUAUUUGAGGUUCUUCACUUUCUGCUUUUGACACAUACAAUUCCAUAACAGUGUGCAGCAAGCUUUCAUUAGAACAUGAUUAGCUUCAGUGGAGUAGGGUGCCAAAGCUUUAUUCUUAGGAUAUUUUUAUUUUUAUACAUUCAAUUAUUUGUAUAUCCUGUUAAAACCCAAGAUGUAGAUAAGAGUCUUCAAAAUACCUGUGUUGUGUCUUAGGCAAACAUUUACAGCAGCAAGUGAGGAGGUUUUUGGUAUUGCCACUUGUCAAAAUAGUUAAGAUUAACGCAGUUUUGUUCCCAGUGAAUUAGGGAUAACAUCAUUACAGGUCUUGGCAGAAGUAAUGGAAGCCCUCCCUUGAAUGAAGCAUGCACUGCUGUUUUGCCUUGGAAGCUGUAGACAGUGAGGAGGAACCAUAGUCAUAUUCAGCUCCUGUUGAAUUUGAACAUCUGUUGAGAUGUUUGUUCUUACAAAUGUAUUGUUCAGCAGUCUAGAACAAAUGCACAGUACUAUGAACUGAAGAAAACUUGAAGAUCUUAAGUUCUUCAUAAGUGUGGGGCUCUGAAACAUUUGAGUCACUGAAACUACCAGUGCAAUCCUAAGCAGAGUUAUACCCUUCGAAACUGAGUAGUACAAUUCUGUUUAGGAUUGCACUGUGUCCCUGUGAUAGAGGCAGGCUUAGCUUCUGCUCUUUGUCAAGAGUACUUUUUUAAAAGAGCCCCUUAUCUUCUCUGCUACUCUGUAUGCUUGUCUAGAAAUACCUAAAAUUCCUACUUUCUAUGUAUUUAUAUUUGAUCAUGAAAAAAUAAACAUAGCAUUGGAACUGCUGGUAAGCUUGAAAAUUUAUUACAUGCCUCUCAUUAAAAGUUGACAGGAGACUUUUAGGCUGAUUGUGUCUGAUUUUAUUUGCAGGCAGGGAACAAAGAAAUACCUCUUUUUGGUCAUUAUGUAAUCAUUGUGGAGUUCUAAUACUUGAGUUUUUUGUACAGAUGUGUUUUUGUAGAUUGCUGUUAUGAUUAUGGAAGCCACCUUGAGCACAGGAAAGCAGGGUGAAUUUUUUUCAGUAAAUAUAAAUAAAGCUCCCAAUUCUAGGAGGGCAUGUGGGUGACUUUAUUUGAAAAACAUUUUGCAAAUAAGCCACAGAGGGCUACUGAUGGUUCCAUGAUGGUGUAUAAGCCUUUUAACAACCCAAUAUGCAACAUGGCACGUUUUCAAAUGGUCUUUAGGCUGAUUAAGUUUGCCCUGAGUAUUCCGCCACGUGUGCUCUAUCCAUCAUCCCAACUGUUCCAUAUCUAGCAGUUCUCCCUCUGAAAGGCAGGUGGUUGGUUUUAUUCAGUUCAGGGCAUUUGGGAGCCAUCACCAACCAUCUGGGUCAGUUCCUGUUCCAGGAAUCAAUGACUGUAUGACAGGAAAGCUUGCCAUGUCAGCUGGGAAUAUACUGAAGCCAAUCUGAAAUUCCAUUGGAUCCAACAAUUUUCAGGGCAGACCAAUUUAAAAACAGUUUGCUAUCCUUGUGGAGACUACUGAUUACUGUGAUUCCAAUCCUUACCAGCUAAUUAAAAAGAAGAAGAAGAAGAAGAUGAGAUUGGAUUUAUA